CAAGUGCCAAACUCAUACAGCUCGAAGGGAGUCUCUUUUUUUUCGAAAGAGCUUAUACGUAGUGGGAAGAUAAAAUUACUGCUGGGUCGCUACGCCGUUUUGGGUAUCUGUUUUACGGAAUUUUACUAUUUAAAGGGAAAAUUUCGCUACUGUUAAAAAGCAACCGAAUCUCUGUCUGUCUCUAACACUAUCACAAAAUGUCUGCUUUUCGCUCGAGGUUUGCCUACUUUUGGAAUCAUCCUGCUGGUCCUAAGACUGUCCACUUUUGGGCCCCUGCUAUGAAGUGGACUUUGGUUCUUUCGGGUAUUGGUGAUUAUGCUCGUCCUCCCGAGUAUUUGUCUGCUCGUCAAUAUGGUGCCCUUAGCAUUACUGGUGCUAUUUGGACCCGGUGGUCUUUGGUCGUUCGGCCCAAGAACUACUUUAACGCCACGGUGAACUUCUUCCUGGCUGUUGUUGGAGGUGUCCAACUGAGCCGUAUUUACCAUUACAACCAGAAGCAAAAGCGCCUGAAGACGAUGCCCAUCACCCCCGAGUUGGUGGAAGCCGCACCUAGUAAUCAGGCGUGAGAUCGGCCUCAAUCGUUGUUGCAUGUUUUCUCGUUUUCGACGUGUUAAUGUGCGCCCGUAGUGACGAAUUUUUGGUCAGCUGGACGUUUCGUGCUUCCAGGGCUGGUCUCGUUCCAUCACGUUUAAGCUGGCUUCUCGGGCGCUUAAGCCCUAUGACCGUGGUUACUCUGUUACAGCUUGUUAUUAAAGCGAUCAAAAAAGGAAAAAAAACACUUAAUUUCUCAUUCAUGGCGCCCGCAAAAACCUCGUUUCACCAUAUUUUCAUUAUCUUUAAGCAACAAUGCUCGCACGCUCAAUGUCUUUGACAUCAUCGGCCUGACUGGUUAUUUGUACUAGUACCGAUUGUUUUUGAAAAUUGAGAGAAGAUAGCUCAAAGUUAUUUGAAGUCUUUCGUCCUGGAUCACGCAUGGUUUUCUUCUUCAUCGCAAGUUCAGCCGUUUUUCCUCCAAAGUUUGCCGCUAAUGUCAGUCAUUGGUCUGCUCUUUGAACAAUGAUGUUUUCCCCUCCAGUUUUCAUUUAAUUGGGUGUAUGGGCGCGUUGCUUCUGUUGAUAUGAGCACUCUUCAUGUUGAGCAAUUGUAUGUUGCUUUACUGUUGGAUACCCAAUUACGUUGUUGGCUGUAGUAACAGUCUGGCUGCGUGUGCUCAUCUCUCCUGUAAAGAGGUUGUUCCCCUAUCCCCCUUCCCUACGCUCUUUUCAUGGCAUACGGUGCUUCGAUUAACUGAGGUACAACAGCGUCCUGUAGUCAAUUGAGUUCUUCAUGUGUCUAACUUGCAGACAUCAGAACAAAAUUCUUCGAUAGUGCGGUGAUUGCUGUUCAAUAUUUUGGUCCAAUUAGAAAAGAUUGUUAAGUUGUAUUAUUAAAUGAGUAAACUUGACACCCAUGAACUACUACUACUGUAAGACGAGGGGAGAGCAAGGAAAGGGUGCAUCGUAUCUGCUUGUAUGGUGG